GGAAGACUUGAGCGUGCGCAGCAGUGUCCGAGGCGCCAGGACAGCUCCUCGCGGUGGGGUUGGCGUUGGCGCUGGAGGGUUGGCGCUGAGUGGGGGUGAGCUGCUGUGGCCUUGACCUUCCCAGGGAGCAGAUGGAGUGGGCCCGUGGCCAGUAGCCGAAGAGGCAGCAGCUGCGAGGCCAGGGAGACCCCAGGACCCCAGCAGCUGCCGCCGGUGGGAAAGACGACCCGGAUCCCAAGCAAGGCGCUCUGCUAGCAACUGAAGGUAUAGAGACAAACGAGAACCAGCAGAAGAAAUUAUUCCCGGGACACCAGUAACUGACGCAGGUGUGGGAAACACAAUGGGUGUUAGAUAAAACGCACCGCGAAACUCCCAAGGAGAUGUCAUUUCUGGCCGACUGCAAGAAGAUCUUGGAGAGGAGGUGGCAUCUGACCUGGAUCCCCAAGAGUGGGGCUUUGGGGGGCAUUUGGAAAUGGGCACUGCACUCCAGGUAGAAGGUGCAGUGUUAGCAACGGAAUUCCAGAUGGCGUUUAAUGAUUGCUUUAGUUUGAGCUAUCCUGGUAACCCCCAGCCGGGGGACUUGAUUGAAGUGUUUCGUUCUGGCUAUCAGCACUGGGCACUGUACCUGGGUGAUGGUUAUGUUAUCAACAUAGCACCUCUAGAGGAUGGCAUUCCUGCAGCAUUUACAAGCGCCAAGUCUAUAUUUAGCAGGAAGGCCCUGGUGAAGAUGCAGCCCCUGAAGGAUGUCGUGGGAAACGACACAUACAGAAUAAACAAUAAAUAUGAUGAAACUUAUCCUCCUCUCCCCAUGGAGGAAGUCAUGCAGCGGUCAGAGAUUGUUAUUGGACAGGAGGUGGAUUAUGACAUACUUGUCAACAACUGUGAGCAUUUUGUGACUUUGCUUCGCUAUGGAGAAGGAGUUUCAGAGCAGGCCAACCAAGCAAUAAGUACCAUUGGGUUUGUGACAGCUGCUGCUGGUGUCUUCUCACUCCUGGGCUUGUUUCCAAAAAGACAAAGAGCAAAAUACUAUUAACAAUUUACUGAAGAGAUAUUGGAACUGAAGGAAUUUGUGAGGAGGGAAAAAAAAACUGGGAAUACUUAUUUUCGAUGCAUCAUUAUUGUUCAAAAUUCCAGUGAUGGAUGGCAGUCUCUUUAAUAAAUUGCUUACUGAUGUUA